AUCCGUUGAUGAUGAGCGAGCGGGGAUGGAAGGCACUUCUCGACUCGGUUUGCCGUGCCCUGGGAGCUGAGCCUCGAACGCAGAUUUAUGAUUGAUGAACUUACGACUGCGUGGGACGAGAUAUGCACGAUGGAUGGAUGGGGGAGAAUAAGAGGAGCAAGAAAAAUGAUGAUGACGAUGAUGAUGUCGGUGAUGAUGACGACAAUGAUAAUGAUAAUGUUAGGCCGGAUUGAUGGCGAAACGGGAGGCUUUUGUUGAUUUCCAAUCCAAUGCGAUAUGAUACAUACAGUACAUCCUUUUUGAAUGAAAC